AUGUUCAUGCAGAACGAGAUCAGCUCGGUCAUCGUGUACGAACGCCACUCUGUCACCUCCAGACGCCCGGGUCCGGUUUCACGAGGCCGACUGAGUGACAUCCCCUCCCCUCUCCUUCCAGAGCGUUAUUACUGGGACUCCAAGCUGCGCAUCCCCACCGCCGACUACCAGGAGGUCCUGGAGGACGACAAGGCGGCGCUGGCCUGGCUGCUGGCCCUGCGCCGGGUCGGCAUCGUCUACCUGAAGGGGGCGCCGGCACAGCAGGGCCAGGUGUCCCGGCUGGCCAAGAGGAUCGGUUACCUCCGGCUGACGUUUUACGGGCACACGUGGCAGGUCCAGGACAAGCCCAUGGCCAACAACGUGGCCUACACGUCGGGGAAGCUGAGCCAGCACACCGACUACCCCGCGCUGCACUUUGCGCCCGGAGUCCAGUUCCUGCACUGCAUCAACCAGGCGGUGGAGGGAGGCGAGAGCGAGGUGGUGGACGGCUUCCACGCCGCCGAGCAGCUGCAGAGGGAAGACCCCGAGGCCUUCAGCACGCUCAGCUCGCUGCACGUCGACUUCACCGACACCGGCACCGACUACUGCGACUUCAUGCUGCAGAGCAAGAAGUGCAUCAUCGACGUGGACGCAGAAGGCCGAGUCGCCAGGAUCAACUACAACAACGCCACCAGAGACUCGGUGCUGGACCUGCCCCUGCACCAGGUGCAGCCCUUCUACAGGGCGCUGAGGAGCUACGUGGACGUGAUGAACCGGCCGGAGAACGUGGUGACCUACAGGAUGGAACCAGGCGACCUGGUGACCUUCGACAACUGGCGGCUGCUGCACGGCCGGAGGAGCUACGUCAGCAACCCCGGGCGGCUGCGCCACCUGGAGGGCGCCUACCUGGACUGGGACGAGGUCAUGUCCCGCCUCCGGAUCCUGCGCAGGAAGGUCCACGGAGACGCCUAGCUAGGCGGCGUUCACGGCCUUCACUGGGCGUCUCUACGAACUCUGGGCGAAGCUAAACGGUAAAACGCUGAGACGACACGAGGACGGUGACACAUCAGGAACCAGGAGCUAAAUCUGUGAUAUUCCAGCAUAGAGUCAUAAAAACAGGUUGAAAUCUGCAAAAAAAAAAGAACCUAAACGUGGUGCAACACAACAAUGCAAAGACGAAACGCCUCCUCGGUUUAUAAGAGUUUGACACACAUGUGGUCCAGGAUCAGCCACAAUCUGACGCUAACAUGGUGUCAUUUACAGGUGUCUUAAUCUAAUUCCUCAUUCCCCCUUCGUUCGGCUCCUCCCUCCUGUUCUCUGCAGCGUUUUAUCUGCUGAUUCACGGGUGAAAUUUAAAUGUAACUGUACGACGGGGGACUUCUUUCAGGCCCGUCUGUGUAGAUGUGUGAGGAACCCGAGGAGGCGGCGGCUUGCUUGAUAUUCCCGCCGCCUGCUGCAGUUCUUUGCUCUACCUCUGCUGUUUAAUCCGGCGCCUCCUCAAAGGAUGAGCCGUCCUUGACUUUCCCUUCCUUCUGCCGAGCCGCGCGCUGAAUCUCUAAAUCGCCUCGAGUCGCCGUAGCGCUGAAAAGUCGAGUCAGUUCAGCCGAGUUACGGAGUCGCUCCCUCAGCUGACCCUGGUGGCCCAAGUCCUGGUUCUGUAGCUCUGGGUUCAGGAAGCAGACGGUGAUUUAAAAUAUGUAAAUAUAAAAGUAUAACAUGUAGGAAUUCUUCUGCCUCUGAAGCUGAAUAAAUCACAUCACCAGAUACCAGGAGGUCCAAACCUUUAACUGCAGGAACCGUCCCAGUAGAACCUCUGUUGUGGGUUUCAGAGCAGAACUAAGUGGUUCUAAACAGCCCUGUGUUGGUCUCAGUGGCUCUGAUGGGUCACAUUCAGACAGAAGCAGCUUCGUUGAGCGUCAACCAUCUGAAGUUCAUCGUUCAGACCAACGUAACCUCCUCGGUUCUGGUUCCUGUUUAGAACUGGACUCACAUCCGCUCGCUGCCGGAAACAACAAAUGACCAACUACAGGAUGGUUUAUUUAACUGUGAACCGACUUCCUGUAGUGGAGACGUGUUCUUUUAAAGGCCAGUAACAAGUUUUAUCACUAAAUCACAUCAGUUUUCAGUAAAAAUCUAAAUCUUUGUGUGUUUAAAAACAGACUUUAUAACAUUUAUGCUCAUAACCAAUGAGAUGAAGCUGCUUGGUUUAGAAAUAAAUCACAAAAACUGCAAAAAAUCAUGAAUAUCGGAUUUGAUAAUUAGUUGAUUUGUAGGUUUUAAUCAGAGAAAUAGUUGUUCUGGAAACACAAGCGGCUGCUGAGUGUUUUCAAUUAUGACUUCUGAACCCUGAAACCUGCUGGUAGGUUUAAAAAGUUUUAAAUUUUUUAAUUUAAAAAUUAAAAAAAUACCAAAAUUACAUUAAUCAGCCUGAAAAACAUAAAGAAUUGUUGGAUUUUUAGCUUUCGGAUUAGUUUAACUGUUUUCGUCGUGAAAUCGUGGCAACUUAUUUAAAAAUGUUCCAAAAAUUAAACUGUUUGCAUGAAUCAGAUUUUGUAAAAAGAAAAAUUAUUUUCAAAACUCAGCUGUGAACAAAAAUUUAACGACUUUCCGGCUGAACUUCAGGAUGUUUACACACAAAAUAAAUGUAAAUCGUGAAUGAGUCCAGUUUUUUUGUAAAAUAAUCCAAGAAAAUUCAGCUUUUUAUUCAUGAUUUAAGGCGUUAUUACCGUCUGAGCUCUCCUCCUCCUCCUCCUCGUCUUCUUCCUCUACAGCUGCAGGACUUUAAAUUUCAGUUAAAUAUGAACAUAAAUCACAUCAGAUUCCUGCAGAACGUCUUUCAGGCCACCAGGGUCGUGAUGGAGAUCUUCUGUGUUUUCUGCCGUUACUGUAAAAUAAUUCAUCUCAGAUCUUUCGUCGGUGCCAAAGAACCUCAGACGUCUCCUCACUGCAGCCUUAUGGUUUUAUUUACGUGACCUGAGACACACGCUGGACGGACUUCCUCGUGUGGAAACCAAUCAGGUAAAAGUCUGAUCAGGAAUUCACAGAAUCGUUGCACUUUGGCUGCUUUUCAUUCUGCUUCACGUCGUCGCCCCACUUUAUAAAAACAAACAUGCACCUUGAGGGAAGCAGAAUGAAACGCAGCUUUUAUUGUUGGUGUUUUUUCCAGUCUUGACACUCUGACGGUGUUCAAGCAAAUGUUUGUUUGUUUUCUAAAUGUUUGUCUCAAAAUAAACCUUCAGAUCUUC